CUCUCAGAAAAUGUUUGUCAUAUUUUGUUUUCUGUUGAUGAUCAGAGUUGGACACUCCACAGAUGAUCAGACAUUUGAGACAAAGUCUGUUGCUGCUCAACAACAUGCGACCCUGGAAUGUCCUCGAGAGAAACUUCUGAAUUCUGACAAGCUGUACUGGAUCAGAAUCAUUUCUGGUCACCAGCCUGAAUUCUUGGGAAGAACAACGGUCCUCAAUGAUGAAGGAGUUCAUAAAACUCCUCAUUUUACAACCAAACAAGAAAAUGAAAUUUUUAUUCUGUACAUUAAUCAAACUCAGAUCAAUGACACUGGACUUUACUACUGCAUACGGACCAGCUGGAAUAACAUGAUCUUUUUGAGAGGAGUGUUUCUAAAUGUUGAAGGACCCCAAUCUUCCGUCUCUGGCAUCAUUCAAGCUCCUCCGUCUGCUGCGGUCCAUCCAGGAGAGUCGGUGUCUCUGCAGUGUUCGGUCCUCUCUGACUCUGAGAAGAAAACAUGUUCAGAAGAUUACAGAGUUCACUGGUUCAGAGCAGGAUCACAUCAAUCUCACCCCAGUUUCAUUUAUACUCAUGGAGGCAAUGCAGAGUGUGGACACUCUUCACAGAAAUGUUUCUAUAGCUUCUCUAAGAAGGUCAGUGUCUCUGAUGCUGGUACUUAUUACUGUGCUGUGGCUGCAUGUGGAGAGGUCAUGUUUGGAAACAGAACAAAAGUAGACAUUAAAAAUUGGAAUCACACAGAAAUAGCUCUUUGUAUUGUCUGUGCUGCUUUGGCUGCAAGUGUGACUGUUUCAGUCUAUCUCAUUUGGACCAUCAAGAAGAAGAAUUUUAACUGUGGUGCUGAACCAGCCAGCAGUGAUCAGCAGGCAGAUGAAGCUGUGUUGACCUAUUCUGCACCAACCUUCAGCAGGAGAAAAGUCACAAAAGCAGAAAGAGGAAACACACACUCGGCUCAGAAAGAGACGAUCUACACUGACGUGCGUUUUCACCACUGAGCAAGUGAAACUCUUGUUCUGAUUAACAAUAUUAAUGUAGUUAACAUGAGCUAUUGCGAUUUCUUUUUAAGCUCUCAUAAGUACAGUUUAUGCCAUGUAAUGCUAUUUUUUAAUGUAAAUUGCAACAGAGCAAAGUCACAGUUUGAAUUGAUUUCCUGAGUAUUUUAAACAAAUUAAAUCAGCUUUAUUGUGAAUUUUCCUUGAACUUCAUUGCCACAAGAUAAAAUUACCAAAGUAAAUAGAAAAUAAAUACAACAGCAGCAGUUCAGUGCACAUCAUCAGUACUCUUUACACCUCUGAUUUAAAUCAUCACUCUUGAAUUUCAUGUCUGUAAAUGGACUACACUUGUAUAGCGCUUUUUACCCUGCAUGACAGAGCCCAAAGCACUUCACACUGCAAUAUCACAUCACC